AUGUCGGCCCCUGUUCAGAAUGGCAGCGCGAAAGGCGCAGCCAAGCCAACGGACAAGAAGGAACUCAAGAUCUUGAUGCUUCACGGUUACACACAAUCUGGCCCCCUGUUCCGCAACAAGACGGGAGCCCUAAACAAACUUCUGACCAAGGCGCUGGGCCCGGGUUCUCUCAACUUGCAGCCUAAACUCAUCUACCCCACGGGCCCGCAUCGCCUCAAGCCGUCUGAUAUCCCGGGCUACCAGCCGCCCGAGGGCAAGUCCCUCGAGGACAUGGACGAGGAGCAGACGGACAACUGGGGCUGGUUCCGCCGCGAUGAGGCCACGGGGUCGUACCGCGGGUUCGACGACGGCAUGCACCGCGUCGCCGAGACCAUCAAGGAAAAUGGCGGCGUCGACGGCGUCAUUGGUUUCUCCCAGGGCGGCGCCAUGGCCGCGCUCGUGGCCGCGGCCCUCGAGGCAGAGGCGCGACCUAUUCCGCAGGCUCUGGCGGCCGAGGACUCGUGGGCCACCAAACUGCGCGAGGCCAACGGCGGCCAGGCUCUGCGUUUUGCCGUUGUCUACUCGGGCUUUGUGGCCCGUGACGAGGACCUCGAGUGGAUGUACGAGGGUGGCGGAUCCGGUGCCGAGGCUGGCAUUCAGACCCCCACGCUGCACUUUAUCGGCGGCCUCGACACCGUAGUGGACGAGGACCGGAGCCGUGGUCUUGCCGAAAAGUGUCGGCAAGAUCGGACAAGAGUCAUUGUGCAUCCCGGCGGUCACUACGUGCCUGUCUCCAAAGAGUGGACGGCGGCGCUGGUCAUGUGGCUGCGAGAGGUUCUUCAGGAGCAGACCAAGAGCACUACUGAUACGGAGAAGUUGUAG